CUCUCUCUAUCACACACACACACACACACACACACACACACACACACACACAGAGCCCCUUUGAAAUCCCCUCCCCUCGCAUACUGCACGCAGUCUCAGUUUCACUAUCUUCUUCAAGUUCCAACUAACAAGUAUCUGCAUCCAAUGUCUACAGUUUCCCCACAUACAGUUACAACCCACCUCCCAUAUUCACGUUUUCAUCAAUUCAAGAAACACCCACUUCGUUUCUCACCACAGCCUCCUACUACCCUUUGGUCUCAGCCACCUUGUUUGGGUUCCUCGAGGAUAAGAGAUUGUCCAGGAAUUUUAUUGGACAGGAAUAGGCUUCUUGCUCGGGCUGAAGACAAGGCCCGAGAUGGCUCUUCUUCUACUUCGUCGACUCAACACGAAACCAACUCAGAUAAGCAAAAUCAGGAUUUGAGUCUGUCCGGAACAUGUGAUCCCUUAUGUUCUGUCGAUGAUGCGAGGUCAGAAGAUUUUAAAUUCAAUAACCAACCCAAGACAGAUUUGCAGAAAGCUCUUGCAAUUUUUGCAGCUGCUGGAACAGGCGCAUUAGCGAUAAGUCAUUCUUGGGUGGCAGCAAAUCAGGAUGCUGCCAUGGCAUUGUUAUUUGGAAUAGGAUAUGCUGGCAUAAUAUUUGAAGAGUCUCUGGCAUUCAAUAAAAGUGGAGUAGGACUACUAAUGGCUGUUAGUUUGUGGGUUAUACGGAGCAUUGGGGCCCCUUCAACUGAGAUAGCUGUUUCAGAGUUGUCGCAUGCAUCUGCUGAAGUAAGUGAAAUAGUUUUUUUCCUGCUUGGUGCAAUGACCAUUGUGGAGAUAGUCGAUGCUCAUCAGGGAUUCAAGUUGGUCACGGACAACAUCACUACUCACAAGCCAAGAACUUUGCUUUGGGUGGUAGGUUUUGUGACAUUUUUUCUCAGUUCGGUCCUCGACAACCUGACUUCUACCAUUGUGAUGGUCUCCUUAUUGAGAAAAUUGGUAUCACCUUCUGAAUACCGCAAGCUUCUGGGAGGGGUUGUGGUCAUAGCAGCAAAUGCUGGUGGAGCGUGGAGUCCUAUUGGUGAUGUUACAACUACCAUGCUUUGGAUACAUGGUCAAAUAUCCACAUUGCAGACAAUGAAGGAUUUACUUAUUCCAUCAGCUGUUUCACUUGCUGUCCCUUUGGCUUUAAUGUCCCUUACGAGUGAAGUAAAUGGGAAAGGACAAAAUUCUGAAAAUGUUUUGGCACCUGAACAAAUGGCUCCUCGAGGCAAGCUUGUUUUUGCUGCCGGAAUUGGGGCUUUGUUAUUUGUCCCUAUUUUCAAGGCUUUAACUGGCUUACCUCCUUACAUGGGUAUUCUGCUUGGGCUGGGAUUUUUGUGGAUCCUGACAGAUGCCAUUCACUAUGGUGAACCCGAAAGACAGCGAUUGAAAGUACCACAGGCUUUAUCACGCAUUGAUACUCAAGGAGCUCUUUUCUUUCUCGGAAUCCUUCUCUCUGUCAGCAGCCUGGAGGCAGCAGGUAUCCUGAGGGAAUUAGCCAAUUAUCUUGAUGCCCAUAUUCCCAACAUCGAACUGAUUGCUAGUUCCAUAGGAGUCGUGUCGGCUAUUAUAGACAAUGUCCCACUGGUUGCAGCAACAAUGGGAAUGUAUGAUCUCUCUUCAUUUCCUCAAGAUUCCGAGUUCUGGCAGUUGGUAGCAUAUUGUGCUGGUACAGGUGGAUCCAUGUUGGUUAUCGGCUCUGCUGCUGGAGUUGCAUUUAUGGGAAUGGAAAAGGUUGACUUCUUUUGGUACUUCCGGAAGGUAAGUGGUUUUGCUCUUGCUGGUUACGUAGCUGGGGUUGCUUCAUACAUUGCGGUUCACAAACUCAAUAUUUCCCUCCCAACAACUCUAGCUCACGUUCCAUUUAUUUCUGGUUCGUAAAUCAUCACGGUUGGAAUUGGAUGCUUAUUUGGUUAAAAUCCUCCGGCAUAUUGUUGUCAAACUGAGAGCUGGAAAUGUGAUUUAUGGACAACCUUCCCCAGGGUAUACGUAAUUUUGUUCACAAGUCAAUAAAAUUUUUUCAAGUCCGAGCAAGAACAAGAAGAAUACUGAGAAUUAUUUGUGACUUAAAUAGACUAUCUUAUAAAUGAA